CAGUGAACGUAAAUACAGUGUUAACAAAUUAGGGACAAAGUUCAUCCAAGCAAAUAGUAUAUAAAUUCAACUGAUACCCGUUUAUCACAUUCAGAGUUAAACUUUCGCACGGAAGUACUUUGCGUGUUUUUCUGAGGAAGAACUGCUGCGGUUUUAUUUCCAUUCGGACUUUAGUAAACACAACGAACAACGAUGAGGACAAUGUUGGCUGCAAUCGCUGUUGUCUGCACAUGUGCAUUAGCUGAGGGUAUUUCAGUGCCAGGAGGGAGCUGUCAGGAUAAUGUCGCUUGUGACAGAUAUUCCCCUGAAAUUUGUUCAGAUUCUCAAUAUUUUGCCUGGACACAUGAAAAUUGCCCCGCCUACUGCGGAAUAUGCUCACAACCAACACAAGGGUCACAUGUUGGUUUUGGAAAACUUAUGGAUUCAGAUGGCGGUGACCCAACCUGCAAGGAUGCUAUAUCAAACUGCGCCGAGUAUGGGACAGUGCUUUGUGACGAUGUGAAGUUUUACAACUGGGCAAAUGAGAACUGUCGUAAACAUUGCAACAGAUGCAGUGUAGAAUGUAAAGAUAAACUUCCAAACUGCGCGGAUUACGGAACCUCUAUUUGCACGGACCUGUCGUAUUACAACUGGGUCGAGAUGAACUGUAGAAAAUUCUGUGCAAGAUGCACGCCGUGAGAAUAGCACAACUAUAAAUAGACAUUUUCUUAAAAAUGAUAUCACAGUUUGUGAAUUCUUUUGAAUGAAUCUCCAGAUUACAGGCGACACCGUCACAUUUGAUUGUCGAUGGACAGAAAUACUGUACAUAGCAAGUGUUUACAUGAUUCUCCCCCCCCCCCCCACCCCCACCACAAAUAUUUUACAUAAUUCUGCACCCAAAAUGUUUAUAUGACUUUGUGUCCAUAUGUUACAUGUAUACUUAACAACUUCUCCUACUUUGCAUUCUGUAUUUUGUUAUUGUCCCUGUAAAAUAUUGAUACAUUUCGUCGAAAAAUUUUCAUGACAAUUUCAUGUUGCUGGCACCCAUGUGGCAGUGUUAUCCAAUGCAUGAAACAAUUUGGAGGCAAACCUCACACCAACCAAACGCUAGAAGAGGCCUUUAUCAAAACAUGGGAUACAAUCUACUUUUCGAAUUCAGGCACUGGACCCGUCAUGAUAUUCGGCAUUUCCGUUCUUUCACGUAUUCUCAGUAGGUCACAAUACUAUAAAUAGUUUUCCCUAUAUAUUCUAUAUAAAACUGACAAUUUUUAAAAAGUUACCAAACAUAGCUAGACCCAUUUCAGAGAACAAAUCCUUACCUCAUUUUAAAGAGUUAUGAUAAAACUAAUAUAAAAUGAAGAGAAAAGUAGGGGUCAUGUAUCUUCUAAGAGAGAUUUCUCUGGUCUCAUUUACUUACUGUAAAAUCACACCAAAAGCACAUUGCUGUGGCCUGGAAGUACUAAUCAUACUAAAAUUGAGUUUCACUUCACCAAAUACAUCCUCCUCUCCCAUUUUCCCUACCAAAAUCUCAAAAAUACAUCCACAAUGACAUUUAAACAGAAACUAGGUUAAAUUUAGACAUCUGUUGCCAUGCCAAGUGAAAAAAAUAGUGUUCAAAAGCCUGGCAGCCAUUACGCGAAUAGACCUGAUGGUUCCCUCUGGUUCCUUUAUAUUAGGUAGGCUAAUAUGCGAUUACGGCAUUCUCCGGUUGUUAUGGAAAAUAAUUUCCUUUUUGGCCGAAGGGUUCCGAAAUGAUAUAUAUGGAAGAUACGUAAUAGCAUGGACAUUGUCGAUUGUCAUAACGGGUCUACUACCUGUCCACGCGUUGAACGUGUUUUAUGGUUAUUUGGGCCAUCUAUCCAUAGGGCAGUACACACUGAUAUUUUAGGGUUAAGUGUAAAUAUUAGUUAUAGCUUUACUGUAAUUUGACAACAAAUGGUCAGUGCACGUUUUGAUCAAUUUUCACUAAAAUAAAUAUAUUAGUAUUUGAAAAAGAUAAUAACAAAAAUCCAGUGUGUGGUUAGAGAUGUUGUUAAGGAUAUAUAUUUGUGUAUCCAUGAGCUAUUAUAUUAUUUUAUGUUCCAUUUUAUAUUUAUAUUCGGCUUUGCUUUCUUAAGAUGAAGUUUACAUUUACAAAAUGUUAAUUUGAGCGAAAUAUAUAUGCAAAAGAAAAGAUAAAAUUGUAUGCUUUUCAA